ACACGAUGUUGUCUUUAAACGUGUUUCUAUUUUUAAUACCUUUAGUUUUUACUGAAUCUUUAAUACCUACAAUUAAACCACGAAUUAAUAAAGAUGAGCAAGGACGCAUAUCAUUUCACAUACAUGAUGAACCUGGUAAUUUGAUAGAAGUUAUUGUAACAACUGAAGUCAACAAAGAUGUCAACAUUGGUAAAGCAACUCUUAAUAAAGCGAGUAAUGAAUGGGAUUACAGUACCUCGUAUUACCAACAAACAGAUGUUGAUCAACUACGGUAUAUGAUUAGUUAUAUAUUUAAUACAGCAUCCAACUCACAGAAAACAUAUCAUGGCACAAUCCAGUUUAACUCAGGAACAGCCGUUCAACCAGCUCCCCAUCCUCUAAGUAGAAGAGGAACUGUCGUGUUUCAUGAUGAUUUUAAUGGUCAUACGUUAGAUAAAAAUAAAUGGUAUCAUGAAGUCACUGCGAAUGGUGGAGGGAAUGGCGAGUUUCAAGUGUAUACAGCAGAGGCAGCUAAUACUUUUGUCAGAAAUGGUGUCUUAUAUCUGAAACCUACACUUACGUCCGAUAAAUUCGGUGAAAGUUUUUUGCAUAGUGGAACCUUAGACCUCAACGCUCAAUUUGGUUCCUGUACUGCCAGUUGGGAAAAUGGUUGUCUCAGAAAAGGAAGUCAGCAUAACAUACCACCAAUUAUGUCAUCCAAAAUCUACUCAAAAGCCACCAUCAGACAUGGUAGAGUCGAUGUCGUCGCUCAAAUACCAAAAGGCGAUUGGCUAUGGCCUGCAAUAUGGAUGCUUCCUCAAGGUACAAACUGGAAAUAUGGUGGCUGGCCCAGAUCCGGUGAAAUUGACAUUAUGGAAUCACGUGGUAACGUACAGUUGAACUCUGGUGGAAGUCCCCAAGGUGCAGCUAGAGUUCUAUCAACAAUUCAUCUUGGUACAGAUGGUGGUGGUGGUCAUAGACAGCAUGGUGAGGGCAAAGUGGCUUCAAAUGGUAAAACCUGGGCUGAUGGUUAUCAUACUUACAGUUUAGACUGGACAGAGAAUCAUAUCAAAAUGAUGAUUGAUAAUCAACCUGUUUUAGCCUGGAACACACCAUCAGAAGGUUAUUUUAAACAUGAAAAUUUAGGUGGUAGUAACAUCUGGUCGAGUGGUGGAAAAGAUGCUCCUUUUGAUACAAAUUUUGCUUUAAUAUUAAAUGUAGCUGUUGGUGGAGAUAGAGGUUAUUUUCCUGAUGGUUGGAACAAUGGUGGUAAUGGUGCGAAACCAUGGACAAAUUUUGCUUCAACCGCCAUGAUGGAUUUCUGGAAUAACCGUCAACAAUGGCAGAAAACAUGGCAUGGCGAUGAUGUAGCCAUGAAAAUUAAGAGUGUCACUAUGACGCAAUACUAAACACUUACCUAUCAUUUGAAAAUAAAACAAAUCUGC